AUGUCUUCAUCAAAAGGAGACCAAAAAGACCUGUCUGAUCAAGUGGUAUAUUUCUCUUUGCGCCUUUCGUCUCCCGUAGCAUUUGCCUCCGCUGUCGACAGGGCAUUUGCAGAUGCGGACUCAGAUGAAGCCCAAUUCUACCGAUAUCUAAAGCAAAACAAUCGAAUCCAGUCCGAAUUCCACGUCACUCUUAUUCAUGUCAAUGAUCGCACUACACAUCCUGAAAUCUGGGAAAAGUACAAGGCCAAAUUUAAAGAUACUCUCAGUCGAGAGAACAGCGGAGACGGCACCUCUACGCUAGGUUCCGGGGAAGUCCUCGCUGAUCAAGUUGUCUGGGACCAGGGGAUUAUGGCUCUCGCUGUUAGGGCGACUGGCGGAGACGGAGAACCCCUCCCCUGUGCGAAUGCAAAUGCGCACAUCACGAUUGGAACCGCAAAUGAUUCAAUCAAGGCGUUCGAGAGCAAUGACCUUUUGCAGCGGUGGAAGGAAGGGGAUCAAUCAAAGGGCUCGAUCCGCUGUAAAGAAUUCCCGAAGGGAUGUACGUUCGAGGGUUCUGUCCGGGCGAAUUUUGCUGGGUGA